ACCAGCAGGGGAAGAGAGAGAAGAGGAGGCGUGGCACAGGAGAGAGAGAGAGAGAGAGAGAGAAAGAGAGAGAGUGAGAGAGAGAGGAGUGGAUGCUGCCUCCUGCUCCCUGAGAUGCUGUGCUGGCUGAGAGAAGAAGAGAUGUCGGUCCACGAGCUGCUGGAGCGGGUGCAGUGUGUCAUCACUCACAUCGAUGAGAUUAUGCAGCAGGAGAUCAGGCCCCUGCUGGCGGUCGACAUCAUCGAGCAGCUUCAUCGUCAGUUUGCCUUGCUGUCAGGAGGGCGGGGCAAAGAUGGCGCCCCCAUCAUCACAUUCCCCGAGUAUUCAGCCUUCAGUGAUGUGCCUGAGGAAGACUUCCUCAAUGUUGUCACCUACCUGACCAGCAUCCCCAGCCUGGAUGCUGCUAGUAUCGGUUUCAUCAUCAUCAUCGACCGACGAAAGGACAAAUGGAGCUCCGUCAAAGCUUCUCUCACCAGAAUAGCUGGGGCGUUUCCAGGACACUUGCAGUUGGUGUUAGUUCUGAGGCCGUCCAGAUUCUUCCAGAGGGCCAUUUCCGAUUUUGGAAUCAAGCUCCACAGAGACGACUUUAAAAUGAAGGUACCGAUUGUAAUGCUGAACUCUCUGUCGGACCUGCACAGCUACGUGGACAAAGGCCAGCUCACCCGUGAGCUGGGAGGGAACCUAGAGUACUGCCACAGUCAGUGGAUACACCACCGGACCGCUAUUGAGAACUUUGCCAUGACGGUGAAAUCCACGGCCCAGAUGUUACAGAAGUUUGGGACAGACCUGGCAGAGACAGAACUGCCCAAUGACGUACAGUGUACGAAAGACCUGCUCACCACACACACUGACAAACACAACGACCUCAAGGAUGAGCUGAAGCUGGCGCUGAAGCAGGGCACCACACUGCUCGGCUGUAUCAAAGAGCAAGCGGCCAAAUCAGAGAGUCACAAACUCAACUCAGAUGAGAUGGAGAAUCAAACCACGGUAGAAAGGCUCCUGGCACAGCUCGAUGAGACGGAGAACGCUUUUGAACAGUUCUGGUGUAAACACCAUUUGAAACUGGAGCAGUGCCUGCAGCUACGCCACUUUGAACAGGACUUCAGAGAGGUCAAAGUGUCUUUAGACAGUUUGAUGGACAUUCUAACCAGCCUAUCAGACAUUGGGGAUUGUGUGACACGAGUAGAAAACCUGCUUAAGGAAUUGAAAACACUAGAGCAGAAGGCUCAGGCUACUGUAGAAAAAGCCCAGUUGCACGCACUGCACGGGGACCAGCUGAUCCAGAGCAACCACUACGCCGUGGACUCCAUCAGGCCAAAGUGUGUAGAACUCCGUCGAGUCUGUGAUGACUUCAGCAAUGAGACCAAGAAAAAGACAGACAUCCUGUCCAAGUCCUUGCAAAUACACACGGGCAUUGAAAAGGUCAACCAGUGGUGCGAGUCCGGUAUCUACCUUCUGGCCUCGCAGGCUGUCGAUAAAUGUCAGUCACAGGAUGGAGCAGAGUCGGCAUUGGCUGACAUCGAACGCUUCUUGGAGACGGCUGAAAAGGAUCAGCUGACUGAACUCAGGAACCUCCACAAUCAUUUUGAGGUUGUCCUGUCAGAUGAUAUAAAGGCUAGUGUCCUGAAAGCACUGAAGCGGCUUGAGGAUGUCCAGGAAAUGUUUGAGAAGAGGCACGUCAGUCUUAAGAGGUUGUCAGCCAAACAAACGAGGCCUGUGCAGCCUGUCGCUCCAAGACCCGAGUCCUCUCCCAAACGGCCCACAGCAAAGAACCCGUCCAGAACAGCUGGGAGCCAGCAGCCCCUUGUUCGCCGACCAUCUGAUAACUCCAACAGUGGGAAGCAACCAGCCGAAGUCAAUCCCAACAAGAAGAAGAACAUCCGGAAGGCCAAAGGUGGCAUUAAGAUUGAGGUGAUGCAUGAGGAAAGUCAAGGAGGCACCACCCACGUCCUUGUUUCCAAUGAGACAGAAGAGAGUCUGUGCAACAGACGCAGACACAUCAUGACGGAGUUGAUUGAAACAGAGCGGCUGUACGUGGAGGAAUUGCAAAGCAUCAUGGAGGGUUACUUUGCAGAGCUAGAUAAUUCUGAGCUCAGCCACCUCAUCCCCCCGUCCCUGGAGAAGAAAAGAGACAUAUUGUUCGGCAAUCUCCCAGAGAUAUAUGAAUUUCACAACAGGACAUUUCUUAAAGAGCUGGAGAACUCUGCAGAGAGACCAGAGCUGGUGGGGACCUGCUUUCUGAAAAGGAAAGAGGAGCUGCAGGUGUACGAGAAGUACUGUCAGAAUAAACCGCGCUCUGAAAUCCUCUGGAGGCAGUAUGGAGACAGCCUCUUCUUUCAGGAAUGCCAGAAGAAGCUGGACCACAAACUGUCUCUUGAUGCCUACCUCCUAAAGCCUGUCCAGAGGAUCACCAAAUACCAGCUCAUGCUCAAGGAGAUGUUAAAGUGCAGUAAGGGUGAAGGGACGGCAGAGCUGGAGGAAGCCCUAGCCACCAUGCUGGACAUCAUCAAGUCUGUCAACGACUCCAUGCACCAGAUAGCCAUCACAGGCUUCGAGGGUAACCUGAGCGAGCUGGGGAAGCUGCUGAUGCAGGGGUCUUUCAACGUGUGGACUGACCAUAAGAAAGGACACAGCAAGGUGAAGGACCUUGCAAGGUUUAAGCCCAUGCAGAGGCACCUGUUCCUGUAUGACAAGAUGCUGCUGUUCUGCAAGAAACGAGAAGAGACCACAGAUGGACACGAGAAGACACCAUCCUACGGCUUCAAACAUUCACUCAAGAUGAGCGCUGUUGGGAUUACGGAGAACGUUAAAGGUGACAGCAAGAAGUUUGAAGUGUGGUACAACGGUCGAGAGGAGGUCUACAUUGUCCAGGCUUCUUCCAUGGAUGUGAAAAAUAUAUGGGUGUCAGAGAUUCGUAAAGUUCUCACAGUCCAGCUCGAGGCCUGCAGAGAAGCCAGCCAACUCCAUCAAAAGAUUUCAGACAACAUCUACGGCGCCCCCAUGAGAAAUGUGCGUAAGAUGGCAUUGAGGCAAUCUGAUUCUUCGAGUCCAGAGACAGGCUUCCGGAGGAGCAACCCCAGCCCUAACAUGAGGCAGAAACGAGCUGAUGCUUCAGCCAGCCAAUCAGGCAACUCCGCCGCUAACGCUCGGAAACGCUUCACCUUGCAGGGACUUUCCAACAGAAGGUCUCUUCCCGCAGAACCUGCUGCUAAGGAGGCAGAGGUCCCACGACGCUUCUCCCUAACCUCCUCUCUUGCCACCUCUUCCUCCUCCUCCUUUGCGACACGUCGCACAAAAGGUCCUCUCUCUGCUAGCAUAAAGACCAAGAGACACGAAAUAAAGAGCGAUCCCACUCCAUUUGGCUAUGAAGAUACUUUACGUGGUGCUAUGGCCGCCAUUGGAAAACGUCAGAGCAUCACGAGCAGUAUUACUGCUGCUGGUGGCAAAUCAGUUGUCCCACGAUCUACCUCCCAACCAGGUUGGACCCAGCGGUGCCUCCCAUCCAUGGACACAGAGGACUUUGAAACGAUACCCUCCAGUGCAGAGGAGUCGUCCAACUCCUCAGAAGAGGAAGGCAGCAAUAAAAAUGGUGACAGUGGUCGGUUUCGGGUGCAGCUGACCUACGAGUCUCGGGAAACCAGAGAUCUAUCCCUGGAGACAGGUGACCUGGUCCAGUUUCUUGAGGAAGCAGAGAAUGGACACUGGCUAGUCAAGAAGCUUUUAACAGAGGAAACAGGGCUGAUUCCACCUGGUAUACUGCAAACGUCAUCUGAAGGAGAUAUCUUCAGUGACCUGUGUACGGCGGCGCUGUCAGACUCCAAUGAAAAUGAAGUCAGUACCUGGGGUGAUGUCUUUCAGGACAACUGAUAAAAAUGGCAGACAGCUGUAGUUUUUCUUUAUCAGCCGUUAUGUUAUACUAUGAACAUUCUUUCAAAGACGUGUAUA